CUCAGAAACCAGAAGAGCAUAAAAGCAACAAGUUCAUCAGCUGAAGAGAGAGAGAGUCAGUCACAACAAGCGGAAGCAGCAGGCGGAGGUCCACCGCACGGGCGCACUUCUUAUUGGCUCUGGUCGCGAGACAGAGCGAUGAAAGCGCGAGACCAGGAGGAAAGGUGAAUUUCGACGUUUUUCAGGGGGAAACCCAACAAGAGGAGGUGAGUUUCCCGACAACAGUCUCUUACUGCCUUACUUUAUGUACUCUUGUGGCUCUUUAGUGCAGGUUUAUACUCACACACCAGGCAGGUACUGUGAAGUUUACAACACAAACUGUCAUUUAUUAACCCGUGAUGCAUUAUAGUGUUUGCAACUUUGAUAUUGGACUAAAUCAAGUCUAGUCAAGCUCUAACUAAGGCCUGUUUUAAGUCUUAACAGAUAGAUACUUAGAUAAAUACUACAGCCAUGUGUAAGUCACCCAUUCAUUUCCUGUUACUAUAACCUUAAAUGUACAUCAACCUCAUCCAUGAUAAGACAGUAAAGAUUCAUUGAUAAAUGUCAAAGGGAUCCAGGAUAUAACCUUGAGAAACAGAACACAUGAAGGAGCACUUAUCAGCACUUUUUGGACCUUGCUCUCUCUCUGUCUCUCUCUUCUGUUAGAGCCUCACCUCUAAGUGUCUUCUGCGUUUGAUCACAUGCAGGAACCACAAUCUGCUGUGCUUCCCCGAGAGUCACUCCUUCGUGGACCCACGUGUUGCUGUCUGAAGGUAUCUGUGCAUUUCAGUCACUCUGACCUCUGUUGCAUUUGUCUUUAAUGCUCAUUUUCUUAAGAACAGCCUGAUAUCUUUAAUGAUUUUUCCUCUGUCUGAGUCUGUCCUCUAUCUUUACGGAUCAAUGACUCGUCUAGUCUCUUCAGUCAAACUAUCUGAAGAUCAAUUUUACACAUCUAUACACCUCUGUUCUUCCUAUCUGCACUUAAGGUUCAUGUUUUCAACCCUGAGAUUUCCUGCAGACUGGGACAGUGUUUUUGUUUGCUCAUCAAUAAAUCUUUGAACAGUUUUUUUUAAAGAGGAAAAGUCACCAGAGUUACAUUGGAGACUGAGAACACUGAGUUUAUUCUGAUUAUUUUAAUGAUCAUCAUUAAAAUCGCGGUGUUGACUUAAAAUGCUGCUUUUCGUACAAAAUCCUAUGAACACUUUGUGAGAUUUAAAAGCAGUAUUUUGGUUUCUCUUUACAUUUGCAAAGAGGUGUUACAUAUUUGAGGUCCGCCAUAGAGGAAGGUGAAAGCACGUGGGUGCAGCUUGGAGAUAGCAAAAUUACUCACCACAGCAGCUGAACUCAAAACCAUACCCUACUUUUAAGAAUUAUUUUUGGAAAUACGUACUUUUUUAUUUUAGAAAACAGUAUUUUAGAACUGUGGUAAUAGUCUCGAAACAUAUUUUUCCGUACUUUAUCAUUUUCCAUACUUUUUAAGACCUGGGAAUUGAUCAAAUUUAUUUCCAUACUUACUCUAGGAACCCUGUUUUUUUGUUUAGUUCUGCUUUUUGGACAAAUUUAACCCCUCUUAGACUCCAAAAUUCAUAAAUUCAAAUACACAAAUAUCAGGGAAAAAUGCAUCGAUGCAGAAUGCAGUAGGACUCGUUUGCUAUUUUGAUAAAUUUACUGCACACUCUCUGUAGUUUCUGAUCAAUUGGCCUGAGUAUGCAUCUUUCAGAUAAAUAUCUCAUCGCGUCAACGGAUUUACUUUUGUUAAAACAGAUGUGAACUUUUAGAUUUUAUCAUCAAACUUCAUGAAACCUGGGCAAAUCAAGAACUUCAUACACCAGAAAUGCAUAUUGUACUAGGCAGGAAACAUGUUUGAUUCAGCUAUUAAGUUGGUCAUUUUGAUAUGGGUGUUAAUGGGAGUUCCUCAGCUUUCGAGCCAGCUUCAAGUGGACACUCGAGGAACUGCAGUUUUAAGCAUUUUCACAUUAGCUUCUUUUUUUCAACAGGAGAGGUUGCCAUUUACAGCCUCGUUAAUAAAGUACAUGUCUCUAUAUUAAUUUAUAAUAAACACAUUGAUGUAAAUGGUUUGCGAGGCAGUUUGAACUUGUUUUCAGAUCAGCUGGCAGUAAGUUGGAGUUAGCAUUCGAAACAUGGCGGACACUUUUUUGAGGGGAUUUAAACACCUCUCAGAAAACCAGAUACUUCUUGAUAUUGUUGACCUUAGUGAUUUAAAACUCUAUUGACAUGUUAACGAAUUGAAGGUAAUUUUCUAAUUGCAUUGCACUCAUUAUAAUUGCAUUAACUGAGCUGGUCUAAUAUUUGGUUUAGCUCGGUAAACAUCAGCGAAAUCUUGGCCUCAACUUGGCGCGCUCUUUUCCAUGUUGUUAAACUUAAGCUGGUUUUAAAUUAAUGUGUACUGACUGAAGCACAACAAGUGUGUGUCUCAGCAUCCCAAUGCAUUCAAGCUGAGGAUGAUGAACUUUGGAAAACAUGUGACCUCCCACUGUGCUGACUCCUCCGCUCUCUUGCUGCAUGCGUGUGUUUUUGAGUGUGUGUGGGCAAAUUUCUUGGCCGUCAUGACUCAAAGUGUGUCUGUGUCUGAGUCGGUGAUUCUACCUGGGUUACACGUUUGGUUACUAAUGAAGAGCCGGGUGUUUCCAGGCAUGUUUGCUCGUCUCCCUCUCUCUGUCAAUACACUCAACCUUAAAAGGCUAUUUGCUAUGCGUGCUAAUGGCUCUGCGAUCCACUAAACUGCUCUCAAACACAACAGUGUGUGCACUUAUGUGCUAUUAUGUCAUUUAUUUCUGCAUGUACGUCCCCACAUUAUCACCUGUGGGAUAUAAAAAUGUAUGCAUUUGAAUAGAGUGGGGCAGGGUUGAAAUGAGGCGGGCAUUUUCUGCGAUGACACAACCGUCUCCAUGGUAACAGCAUCACUUAUAUGACCUAUGCUUCUUAUACAGAUGGCAGGAGAGGAUCACAGAAAAGUUUAAGUCUUCAGUUGGAAAUAAAGACCAAGAAAAGAAAUAAACACUCGACAGCUGUGACUCUGAAGAGGACAUUGUUUAACUUAGAAGCGAAAUAAAUCAGAACACCAAAACACGAACAAUGGCCUCCUACAGCCCAGCCCCAACGCAAGAGGUGACCAAUGGCGGCCCCGAGUCUACGAAGUCUGAGGGCUCGGGAGAAUCCAUGAAGCUAAAGAAGGAGAUCUCCCUCCUGAACGGCGUCUGUCUCAUCGUUGGGAACAUGAUCGGAUCUGGGAUCUUCGUCUCACCAAAGGGUGUACUCAUCCACAGCGCUUCCUACGGCCUCUCCCUAGUGGUGUGGACCAUCGGUGGGAUCUUCUCUGUUUUCGGAGCGUUGUGCUACGCCGAGCUGGGGACCACCAUCACCAAGUCCGGGGCUUCCUAUGCCUACAUCCUGGAGGCUUUCGGGGGCUUCCUGGCCUUUAUCCGCUUGUGGACGUCGCUUCUGAUCAUCGAGCCGACUAGCCAAGCCAUCAUCGCCAUCACCUUCUCCAACUACAUGGUGCAGCCCAUCUUCCCCACCUGUAUAGCACCGUACCUGGCCAACAGGCUGCUGGCUGCUGCUUGUAUAUGUAAGUACACAAACCUGAGUGAUUUAAUGACUGCGUGUGUGAGUCAGGGAGUGGAAAGACAAAUAUGAUGUUUUACAGCCACAGCAUGUCCUAAAUCUGAAGAAAAGCACGUGAGUGUCAGACAAGAGAAGUGAAAUUUGUGACUGCACUGCUUCAGUCAGCAGGUUUGAGGCAGAGAAACUCAGACAAUCAAUUGAAACAGGAACUGAGUGACCCUCAAACUUGUGCAGCCGUAAGGAAGAGUGCAGGAAAAAAUGUUUUACUCAACCGCACACGCGCACUUGUGUCACCGCUUUCCUAACUGUGGGAAAAGCAAAAAGCUAUUCAUGGAUUCAAAAGGUAACCUUAGUGCAAGGAUGGGCCAAGGACAGCCAAGGUAACUAGAGCACAACAGGGGAAGAGUCACCUAAAGAGCAAAGCUGACAAACGGAUUUAAUCAAACGAACAAGGUCGCAACAGGAAAUUCAAAAAACUGCUUUCCAGGGCAACAGAAAUACCAACUCUCAGGCAACCGGGCAAUAAAACAAGCAGCCAAGGACAGAAAGAAUGGGCUUUCUGCGGUGAUACCCUGCAGACAAGCACUGAUACUCAAGAUAAAAACAGACUAAUUGUGCUUCUUUUGCAAUUAAUAUCAGUGGCUCAUCCACCUGCCCACGCACGCAUGAACACACACACUUAAGACGUGCACAUACACACUUGCGGCAUGCACUGAUAAGCAGAGCUCAGAGAAGGGGGAGUUGAUAUCUGGGAGGUAAAGUCCUGCAGAGAGACUCUGACCUGAGAGGCUAACAGGCUACUGACAGCUCAGCACAGGAGGGAGGAUUAAAACUAAACUAAAUACACGUCCUGUCAAGGAAAACCCUCACUCUUGCUGAGUGACUGUGCUUUGACUGCCCAAAAACAUGAAAACAUGAUACCUGAUCUGAGUUUGUGUAAAAUCUUUAUCCAACUUGUAGUCGAGCUUUGGAGAAUCUGACUUUUUCUUCAUGCUGCAGGUUUUUAAAAAAUGGUUUUGAAAGAUGUUUGACUUACUUCUUUAAUUUUGCGAAGGAAAUGAAAAAGAAACCAUAAUGAUAAAUACACAUUUUGAUUGACCUGUGCUAAAAGCUGCUUUAUUAAAACGUUGAGGUUUUAACAAACUUAGUCCAAGAUUAAGAUUAAGUUAUCAGAUUUAUGUUUGUUUUAACUUGCUAAUCUCUUUUUGAAGGUAGACUUGGCCAAAAGCAGCAAAAACACAAAGUUGCGAACACAGUCACGCAGGAAACCACAGUCCAGUCUAUUAAAACAAACAAUAAAUAGAGAAACUAUCACAGAGUCAGUCAUGCAACUAAAACAUCUUAAAGCAAUAAAGUCUUAAGAAUCGUUUUCAAAUUUUCUAAUUUUUAACACCUUUUAGCAUCAAGUUAUUCUGCAAUUAAUAACAGGCUGAGGGUUCAGGAUACCCUCACAUCCUUUUACCAAUUUUUGUACGACCUUUCGGGAUAGAGAGCAUAACAGUAGUGGAAGCACAUUGAGUACAGUCCAACACUUUUCUGUGUGAUAAAAACACAAAGAUAGCGUGGAAGCAGGCCAAGAACAGACUUAUAAAUGAAGGUGUACCAAUGGUAAGCAGUAUCAAUUAUGGUAAAACAGCUGCAGCAAAAGGUGCUUAAAAGAAGAACACAACUUGCUUAAAAAAUCAAUUUUAGCCUCACUCUUUUCAAGCACAUAUUGUUAAAUAAUUAGUGAGUCACCCACUAGAAUUCGCAGGUAUUCGGAGGUGUUUACGACCGUCGUCUCCCAUCCAUCAGCAGUGACCAGCGUAAGCUCAGAUGUCUCUGUAAUAAGCUUUAGCUCAAGCAGCGUAUUCUGAACCAUAUCGUAUACAUUCUGCAAGUAUUUAACAACCUGUUCAAGAGUCGCUCCGAAACAGUAUAUUAUCGUAUCAUCGGCAUAGAAAUUAAAUAUAUCAUCCAAAGGGGUCCUAAUACGGAGCCUUGUGGUACACCUUUAUGGGCAGUUGUAAUAUCAGAGUGUCAGACCAUCAAGCCUAAUGCCCUGUAACUGAUCUCUGAGAUAAUGAGAAAACCAAGCAAGUGCAUCUUCGGGGUCCAGUUAGGGUGCAUUUGAUUUACAACCCUGAGCCAGAUUUGAAAGCAACACUUCUGUUUGUGUAUUUUUUGGUAAAAUACUGUGUUAAUAAAUGUUCAGCAGUUGAUACUUAAGUCCCGCAUAUCAACUUUCAUGCACACGUGAGUUCUUGGUGAGUUAGUUAUUGAAGAUCUCCAUUACACUUCACAUGUGAACCGCAUUUGACCCCCACAAGCAGUCAGCCAGCCUCCUCAACCUAAUCUCACACCUCCCACCCUUCUAACCUUUCACUAACAACACACCACUCCUUCACUUCUUGUGUGGUGGAGCCUUCUCUUCGUCACUCCACACUGGUCGCCUCCGUCUGGGAUGUUGUGUUUUCGUUAUGUUUGACUGGAGCUCCUGUUGGGAUCAGACCUGUUAUGAUCUAGUACCUGUCAAUGAGGUGGAAGGUGAUAGUGUUGUGCUUCGUCCCCUCACUGUUAAAAACUGGUGGUCCAUGUGGAGGACAGGAUUGUUAUGUAAUUCUUGUUUUGGACUCUUCUUUAAAUGUCUGAGUGAUGUGGAAGUCAGUAGUGAAAGGCUGGACUUGAAUCUGAACAGUAUGACGACAGUAAGUGUGAUUUUUCUUGAGCUCUCUCUUGGUCCCUUCCCUUCCCUCCCUGCCAACUCAUUUAAAAUCAGUUUUAUUGUUAUCAUGAGAUGAGCCUCUGCAAUAAACAAGCAAAAGAAAGGAUUUAUGAAAAACAGCUAUGUUUAAACUGUUGGAGCUUAGUUGGUGUGUCGUAUCAUAAUGUAUCACAUCAGGUGUAAGUUACUGUAUUAUAUUGCAUGAUACCGUAUUUAGUAUUGUGUUGUAUCAUAUUGCGCUGUAUCUUACCACAUUGAUACUAACUCACUCCUAUUUUAGCAUAACAUUGAUAUCCUAUCAUAUCAUAUAUCGUAUCGUAUAUCGUAUCAUAUCAUAUAUCGUAUUGUAUCGUAUAUCGUAUCAUAUAUUGUAUUGUAUCGUGUAUCGUAUCAUAUUGUAUCGUAUUAUAUCGUAUCGUGCCAUAACAAGUACCAUAUCAUAUCACACUGUACACCAUCGUAUCAUAAAUUUCAUAUACGCAAUCUUAUCAUAUCAUAACCAACUCAAUCACAACUAACCCUGUUGUAGCCAAUCAUAUUCUAGCAUGACGUUUCACAUCCCAUCACAUUGUAUACUGUCGAUUAUUCUAUAUUGUAUCAUAUCAUACCAUAUCAAAGCACCUCAACUCACUUUACUUACUGUAUCAAAUUGUGUGGUAUGAUAUAGUUUCACUUGGUAUUACGUUGUAGUAUAUGGUGUCAUAUCUUACAGUGUCAUAUAUCUUGUCAUGUGGUGUCGUAUUGUAUCAUAUCACAUUGCGCCGUAUCAUAUCGUCAUAUCAUAUCGUAUUGCUUCCUUACAUUUAGCAUCAUAUUGUGUCGUUUUGUAUCAUACCGUGUCAUAUUGUGUGUGGAAACUAACCCUAUUGUGUUUUAUCAUGUUAUAGCAUAUUGUAUCACAUCCAAUAUCAUACCAUUAGUAUGUCGCUUUGGACAUUGUAACAUUGUAACAUUCCAUCACAUAGUAUAGACUCAUGCAAUAUUGUAUCAUAGUUGGUAUCACACGAUAUUGUAUCAUAUCGUAUCAUCUUGUAGCGUAUCCUAUAGUAUCUAAAAUAUCUAAUAAUAUCAUCUCGUCUUUUUAAUGUAUUGUGUCAUAAUUUAGUCGUAUCCUUUCUAUGGUAUCUAGCGUAUCCUAUCAUAUCAUGUAAUGCCUUUCAUAACAUAUUGUAUUGUGUUGGUAACUCUUGGUUUGGCCUACCACUUGAGAGCAAAGUGAGAGGGCUCAGGAUGAGACUUGAGGCCGAGGGUGAGAGGGGAAGCCUUUGACUGUCUUCUUGGGUAACUCGCCAUCCAGUGUUUUUCAUCCAGGAAAAAAAGCCUGACCUUUGUGAAGGAACAGUCAUUGGUGCUCUUUUUCCUUUUCACAAUAGGUGUAUGUAGCUGCUCACCGUUCUCCAGCAGGUUCUCUCUCAGUGUAGCUGCAUUAGCUCAUCUGUGGCGAUCCAGGUGUUCUAAAGAGUAUUGAAUGGGGUUUGAGGUUAUGGAGAAGUGGGUUUGUACUGACACAAUUGGUUGAAUUGUUAUAGUCUUUUUUCUUACCAGAUAGGAGGGUGAGUAAUGAGUUUCCGCAAUCCAGAUUCCAGUUUCCUCUUUGCUCACUUUUUCCAAAGUUGAGGAGGAAGAAUGAGUGAGAUCUUUCUGCUCAGUUGAUCAAUGAGGUGAUUUAGAACCGGUGAGCUGUACAGAUGAGUGGGGGAGGGGUCAACUGUUGAGAAGUUGGUUAUGAUUUGUGCUCUGGGGCUUUGACUGACAGGUAGGGUAUCCAAUGGUUGGGGAGAGGUGGACAGAAAUGCGACAUUUUAACCUGGGUUACACUUUGCACAUUUUUCUAGUUGUUUUCUACAAUACUAUUCAAAUAUGAUAAAACAACCGGAUCAUUCAAGCAGAUGGCCUUUGUCUCAUUAUCUUAAUUUUAUGGGCUUAAGAAUCAUCGGCUGAUAAAAGGCCAUGGAGAGAUAAGUCACGGAGCAGAGCACGAAAACAUGUUUCCCAAGAUCAUCAGUCCUGCUCCAAGUAACACAGAGGACAAUAAAGACAAAAGCCGCACUCUUGAACUGCCGCUUCCUCUUCAGGAUGUGGGUCAGUGGGAAGUAAACGUCACCUUCUUCUUCUACCUUCAUUGAGGGGAAAUAUUCAACUUUGUCCAAACUCUACGAGCUCCUCAGAGUGUGUUUGGCUCUGAAGAUUGUACCUGUGUGGGUUUGGAUGUGUGUGUAUUUGUGUGAGGUUGUACGUGCUGCACUCAGCUGUUUCCUCGUCUGAAAAACAACAGGCCAGUGUGCUUGAGUCAGCAGCAGUGUUUCCUUAAAGGCCUCGUACUCGGACAGAAACAUGUUGGCACACACUCACUUUACAGACCACUCGUCAAGUGCUGUUACUGUUCGUUUGUAUCCUCUUUUUGUGUGUUAAUGAGGGAUUUAUGUGAAUUAAUUUGCACUCUUUGAUUACUUCCAACAGGCUUGCUGACGUUUGUGAACUGUGCCUAUGUGAAGUAUGGCACCAGAGUCCAGGACUUCUUCACUUACGCCAAAGUCAUCGCCCUCAUCGCGGUCAUCAUCACCGGCCUGGUGAAGAUCGGACAAGGUGCUUCAACCACUUUUGAGUUCAUAUUUGAGUCAAACGUUACCGUAAUGAGACAAGUUAAACAUUCUUCCUGGUGACAUGAUACGCUUUAGAUAAUCGGAGAGGUGGCUGUCUAAAAUGAAUUUGGUCCUUCCCAAGGUUUCUACCUGUAAGAAGAAGUUUUUCCUUGCCACUGUCACUCAUGUUAGAUGAGAUGGGUCAAUUAUGGUUGGGUCUUGGUAAUUCAUCAAACAAUGAGCGAGGUCUAGACCUGCUCUUCUUUUUGGAAAGCAUCUUGGGAUAAUGACUGUUAUCGGGUCGGUGUUUUACAGGCCACACGCAGAACUUCGAGGACCUCUUUGAGGGUUCCUCCCAAGAUCCAGGACACAUCGCUCUGGCUCUGUACUCGGCUCUGUUCUCCUACUCGGGAUGGGACACCCUCAACUUUGUCACAGAGGAGAUCAAAAACCCAGAGAGGUAAAGAAGUCAAGAUUAAUACUACAGAUGAACUUUAAAAACUCAUUACCGGACAGGCCAAUAAACAGGAAGUGAGGGUUGGAUGUUCACGCUAUCCACUCAAACCUUUAUAUUGGCUUUAGACGAUCAAUAGAAACACAUAAGUUGCAUGAAAAUCACAGUUGCAUGAAAAGCACGUUGAAGAACCUGGAAACGCAGCUAGGUGUAUUUUGAUUCUUUAACAGUCCCAUACUACAUUUCCCAGAGUCCUCUCUGAAUGCCAGCUCUGGUUUGCACCAUCUGUGUCCAUGUUAUAACUCCAAUCUCAUGCUUCGCUCUCAUGUUGAAUCUCUGACAGCAGAAUCAUAUAACUGCAUCACUUUCCUUCAAGAGUUCCUUUCGAGGAAAAAUGAUCAUGAGCUUAAAAAAAACCACGGCGAACUUCAUGGAAAGGUCUGUCGCUAUUCAAGGAACACUUAAUCCUUCAGUCUUAAAUCAAAUGAGCAAACUUUGAGAUUUACGGCGUCAACGGAGACAGGAAGGAUACCGAACCGUGUCUUCACCUGAGGUGUCGUGAAGUGGUAGAAAACAGAAAACUCCCGUUCGUACUCCUGAUCCAGAAUACCUGAUCAGAUGUACUUAGUUACAUUCCAGUUGUGUAGUUUACUCAUGUGACAGGAUCACGAGCCUCCCCCAGAGUUCCCAGGCAGAUUAAGUGACAAACAUCCACACCCCACACCCCUCGUUCACUCACACCUAUCACAAUCCCGAGGUGGAUUUGCUCUGAAGCCCAGACUCUUAAGGGGGUGAUUCCCCACUUUGUAUCUCAUCUCUUCUGCCUCCCUCUGCUGUUUGUUCACAUGAACUGCAGGAAUCUACCUCUGGCCAUCGCCAUAUCCAUGCCCAUCGUGACGGUGAUCUACAUCCUGACCAACGUGGCCUACUACACCGUCCUGCCCAUGAACGCCAUCUUAGACAGUGAUGCUGUGGCUGUGGUAAGUGCAUGCAGACCAGAUUGAAAAGUUACACGUGAACAUAGUCAGGCAUGAAUUAGUUUAAUCUCCUUUUUCAGACGUUUGCAGACCAGGUCUUUGGGGUAAUGAACUGGACCAUCCCCCUCGCCGUUGCUCUUUCCUGCUUCGGCGGACUCAACGCCUCCAUCCUCGCCUCUUCCAGGUAAGCGAUCAUAUUCUCAUGGACUGCAUCGAUUUGCUCGUCACCACUUCAUCACUUCACCACUCUGCUGCAUCUCUUUGUGUCUUUGAAGGCUGUUUUUUGUGGGCUCCAGAGAGGGUCACCUGCCAGACGCCCUGUGCAUGAUCCAUGUCUUUCGCUUCACCCCCGUCCCCGCCCUGCUCUUCAAUGUCAGUCCACCAUCCUCUUAUCGUUCAGUCUCACAUCACUCACUCUAGGUUUCACAGUCGGACUCAAGGUUUCUGUUUGUCUCUGCAGGGGAUCAUGGCGUUGAUAUACCUGUGUGUGGAGGAUGUCUUCAGGCUUAUCAACUACUACAGCUUCAGCUACUGGUUCUUCGUCGGCCUGUCCAUUUUAGGACAACUGUAUCUGCGCUGGAAGCAGCCAGACAGAAAGAGGCCGCUAAAGGUAACUCACUUUUCCUGCUCUUGGCUGUUAGAAAAUAAAAGAGAUUUCCAAGUCCUUGAUUUUAUUUGAAGCCUCUUGAGGUCCAGGUUAGCCCUCACUCCAGUUUUCUUUCUCCCCUCACAGCUCAGCCUCUUCUAUCCCAUCGUCUUCUGUUUCCUCACCGUCUUCCUGGUGGUGGUGCCUCUCUACAGCGACACCAUCAACUCUCUCAUCGGCAUCGGCAUCGCCCUGUCAGGAGUGCCUGUUUACUUCCUCUGCUGCUACACUCCGGCCACCAAGAGGCCGCUGUGGAUACGAAGCUUCAUAGGUAGGAGUUAAACCUGUCUGAGCUGAUUUUUAAAGGGGUAUUCCAGCAUAAAAUUAAAUUGUGACCGCUUGCUUUUCUAGUUAUACCAACUUUAGUAACGGCCGCACCAUAGCAAUACACAGCGGUCUGAGGAGCCAUAAACAAACCUCAACCAAAACGCCACUCUAUAGCCACAGAUAAUGCUCAGAACAGCACCUAACUUCAUCAACAGUACAUAUAGGGUCCCAGCCACAGCACUAACCACCAAACAUCUUUUUAACUUUGCCUAAUUUCUUUAGUAAAGAGACUAAACACAACUCCCCUACUCUCUUCCAGCAGCCGCUUGUUUGUAGCGAGACCUCAGGCCAGUCCAUUACGGACUACAGCGGGGUGACGCAGCUCAAGGAAGAACAUUGAUGAUCAUUACUUUAAAGUAAUAAUCACCAUAUUAAUCAUUUUGCACUGCAGACGCAGUAGUUCUUCUGCCUUAGCAUCUCGGUCUGAUUGCAUUUCCAUGAAGUAAUGAUCAUAAAUGUUCUUCCUUGAGCUGCAUAACCCCACUGUAGUCCAUAAUGGACUUCUUGGAGGUCUCGCUACAAACAAGCGGCUGCUGGAAGAGAGUGGUUGAGUUGUGUUUAAUCUCUUUGCUAAAGAAAUUAGACAAAGUUAAAAAGAUGUUUGGUGGCUUGUGCUGUGUCUAGGACCCUAUGUGUACUGUUGAUGAAGUUAGGUGCUGUUCUGAGCAUUAUUUGUGGCUAUAGAGUGGCGUUUUGGUAGAGGUUUUAUCGCUAUUGUGCAGUCGUUACUAAAGUUGGUAGAACUAGAGAAGCAAGCGGAGGGCAACAUUCAUCUCGACAGGGUGUCUAACUUUGCGUUUUGGUGUGUUUGACCCUAAAUUCAUUGUACGCCAGAAUAUCCCCAUAAGGGAUCAGUUAACAUUCUUUACUCUAGAACUGUCUGAAAAGAGAAGUAAAGCAAAAAUACAAAAAGUUCCACUAAAAUCAAUGCGUAACUUUUUAGGGGAAAAUCCAAGAGAAAAAUAAUCAACAGUGGAUUUUCUUCAUGAUUGGCCAUCAACUGCUGAUUUUUAUUUGCUGACUGUUUCCAGCUGACUAAUCAACCGUCACGUCUUCUCCUCUUUUCAGCUAAAUCUGGCCUUCUGAUCCAGAAGGUGUGCUACUCCGUCCUGACCGAAAUGGACGACAAAGAAGAGUAGACGUUCCGUUUUUCUUUUUCUUUUUUUUUUUAAACACCUGACCAGAGACUGAUGACGCACAAACACAGAACCUGAACCCAUCCUGGUCCGCUGGUGCCGCCGCUGACGUCGUUGGGACGGGUAAACAUUUGGGGCUUGAGCUGGACCCCGCUCUCUGACCUGUCAAUCAUCGUCACCUGAUGAAAGUGUUAUUGAAAGUGGCGAUGAUGAAGAUUUUUCAGAGGGGACACUUCAAACCUGCUCCUGAUGAAACCUAAAGACUGUACCUAUCAGUAGAAUAAUUAAAUUAAUAUAUAAUAAUUACAUUAAAUACAUGUACUACCUUUUUAAUUUUUGACCAGAAAAGCACUGCUUUCUAUGGAAACGCCUGGAUUUUAUCACUCAUGUCUGCAGGGGAAAUCUAGCAGUAAAAUAGUCUAGGAAAUAAUGAAAGAGGGGAAAGUUCAUACUUUGUUUUAUACUGUCGGGUCUUUUGAAGGGCUUUUUUUUACGAUUAACUCCUUUUUCCUUCAGUGUCUGACUCAAACAGGCUGUUUAAUGUCAAACAGUUUGAGACAGUUAAGCUAAAAACAUGUAUUUAUAAUAAAAUUACUUCUUGACAACCUAAA